UUCAUCCAGUAGUGUAUUUAAACAAUUCAAAAGGUAGUAAAGAAUCUUUUAAAACUGCAUGUGAUUAAAUAUAAUAAUAACCAUAAAGUAUCUACAAGGAAGAUGAAACAUUUAGCGAUCAGUUUAGUAAUAACUAUUUACCUGUUCUUAACAUUUCAGUUUGAAGCUAAAUUGUGGAAUCAUGACCCAUGGAUACCGGACACCAUAGACCAGCUGUUCAUAGAUUUCCAGAAGGAUGUGUUUGCAAAGAAAUCCAAACACUCUCUUGAAUAUCUCUACAACAAUUACAACUCGUUCAAAAAAGAUUUUGAACAAUACAAAACAAAUAAGAUCGUCACCAAACGGCUUGGAGUGGUCGACUUGAGUUUCAAAGAGUUCCAAAAAUUUUUGGCACGCUUCUCACGCGUUUACAACAACACUGAAGAGUUUAGAAUUCGAUAUGACUUGUUCUUGCAGACUGCGGAUAUGUUUAAAGACCAAACGAUUGCGGGUCAAAAGUUGGCGAUGAGCAACCUCUCCGACAGAACUUUUACAGAGGCAACUGCUGAGCACGAUCGAAUAUUUGAUGACAGUCAUCGAUCAGUAAUCAACACGGAUCCAAAAUCAAAGCCGGCUGACAAAAAUCCAAAAGAGACACCCUCUGAUAAAAAUAAAAAACAGAUGCCUUCCGCCGAAGUUCAACAAGACGAUUAAUAUUUAUUUUACGAUCACGUCUUAAUUUUCAUCAAUUUGUUAGGUCACUGUAGUUUGUUGUUUAUUUUUUUGUUUGGUUACGCUGAGGAAAAGUAGAAACGACAACAGAAGUUGGUAAUUGUUAUAUAAUUUAGUUUUAAAAUAUUCUGAUUAAUACGUAUGAAAAAAUAAAUUAUAAUUACCAAAGUAAAA